GUCUUUGAGCUGUUACCAUGGCGACAACUACUGGACUCGAGUCACUGGUCGAUCAGCUUAUUUCGAGCAAGUAUCUUAGCAAAAGAGAACACUUUUCAGGGAGUUCUUAAAGGUUUUGACCAGGCUACAAAUAUAAUCCUUGAUGAAUCUCAUGAACGCGUCUUUUCCACAAAGUGUGGAAUUGUGGAUAGCCACUACAGAUAUGGUAAUGGAGCUUACUCUGAAACAGAGUUAGUGCUAAAUUUUGUUUUCAUCAAGAGGCGUAAAGGUUUUACUCCUGUUUGUUUUCUUUUUUGUACCAAGAGUAUGUCAGGCCAUGUUGAUAUUGAACUAGACCAUCCUUCUUGGAAGGGAUAUGUAUUCAUAAUGACUCAACCAUGGAGCUUUUUGGCUUAG